GUUGCGCGUGCGUUCAGUCAUAGCGCGACUAGCGCGCAGGCAUCACAUACACUUGUAUAUAUUUAUAUAAUGUACAUAAUAUAAUAUAUAAACAUAUAAUAUUUAUAAAUAUAGUGUGUGAUAAGCAAUAAUUUACGAUGAAGUUUCAAUGUUUCCUCGUGGUAUGCCUCGCGGUCUUGGUCCCAUCACGAGGCAGUGCGAUCACAAACCAAAUAUUUGACAACAGGGAAAUGCUAUUGGCAUUUGUUGUGAACCGGCACGGCGAGCGAGCGCCAGACAGCGACGAACUUUCACUUUCCAAUGAACAGGAGAGACUCAAGAAUCUGACAUACAUCGAAGGUCCCGAAGGACUUACUAACGCCGGUAAACGCAGAGGGUACCAAAUCGGAAAAUUCAUUAAGCAACGUUACGGCUGCCAAGGUUCCAAGUUACUAUCAAACAUAUACUUUCAAGAUGAGAUAGCUGUGAGGAGUACAGACAAGGAGAGAACCAAAAUGACAGCACAGAUGGCGAUGGCAGCAGUGUACCCGCCAAUAUUGGAACAACAAUGGGACGAGGGUCUUGGAAAAGUCUGGCAGCCAGUUCCUUACACUGCUGUACCUUUAAGCGAAGACUACCUUAGGUAUUAUUCCAACUGCCAAAGGUUCAAGGAACUGAUGGAAGAAGCUAAGAAGACAUCGCUCUAUCAAGAGUUUGCGCCAUUCAGCGAUCUGCUACCCAAGUUGUUGAAGGAAACAGGACGCAACUUUACAGAAAAUCCAUUGCUGUUUCAAGCUUUGUUCGAUUUAUUCAGAAGUCAGGUCGCUCUCGGAUUAGACGUACCUGAGUGGGCUAAUCCCAUACUAGCGAGACUCGGGGAAGCGUCUCGACUAGCUUAUAGGUUAUACUUCAAGACUGAUGAGAUGAAAAAGAUUGGAGGAGGUGUUAUUCUGAACGAUUUCAUCUCAGCCGCAAACGAUAUCGUAGCCGGAAAGAGAAUCAAUAAGAGGUUCCGAAUGUACUCCGCUCACGAUUUCAACAUCGGCUCUCUGAUGGAAGUCACCAGGAUAUCGCGAAGUGAACAGACUGUCCCAGAAUACGGAUCUUUAUUCGCUUUAGAGUUGUAUAGGACGAAAAGUAAUGGAGAAUUCUCUGUUUUGCCGGUGUACUUGCCAAAGGCAGGUGAAUCUGUCGCCCAUAACCUACACUUCACUGGCUGCGAGAGUAACAGCUACUGUAGUUAUCAUAAGUUCCUUGAACUAACCAGGGAUUUUGUACUACCAGAAAAAGAAUUCUACAGAAUCUGUAACAUCAAGACUGAGUUAUAAUGCAUGAAGUUAUCGUAGAAUUUCACUGCUUUGACAUUCGUUUCAAUGCAUAUGGUCUAUCAGCGGCGGUAAUUCAAAACCGCUACGACUUAGGGUCCUUCAAGAAGCGAGCUUAUCACCAUCUCAAAGGCCGGCAACGCAUCUGCGGUUACUCUGGUAUUGCUGAUGUCCAUAGGCGUCGUUGAACAUCUCGGUGUUACCGCUGCUUGUUUGCCCCCUUCUGUUAUAAAAAAAA